GAGGCCAUGUUUUCCCAGCAGCCCCAGGACUUAGUGGUGGUGGCAGGCCAGCCUGUGACGUUACCAUGCACUAUCCCCGGGUACCAUGGCGUUGUCUUAUGGAUCAAAGAUGGCCUGGCGCUGGGAGUUGGCAGAGACCUCGCUGGCUAUCCUCGUUACACAGUGAUUGGCGACCACGGUUCAGGAGAGCAUCAUUUGCGGAUCCAGCGUGUGGAGCUGAUGGAUGACGCUGUGUUUGAGUGCCAGGCUGUCCAGGCUGCCAUGAGGUCCAGUCCUGCUCGCCUCACUGUGCUCGUUCCCCCAGAGGACCCGGUCAUCAGUGGAGGGCCGGUGGUGAGCUUAAGAGCUGGAGAUCCCCUCAAUCUGACCUGCCAUGCCGACAACGCCAAGCCGGCAGCCUCCAUCGCCUGGAUCCGCAACGGACAGGUCCUUAAUGGGGCCAUGAACUCCAAGACCUUGCUGCGGGACGGCAGGAGAGAAAGCACCGUGAGCACGCUCUACCUCUCGCCUUCCAACAUCGAGACGGGUCAGCAGAUCACCUGCAAAGCCUCCAACAAGGCAGUCCCCAACGGCAAGGAGACCAGCGUCACAAUUGACAUCCAGCAUCUCCCACUUGUCAAUCUCUCAGUGGAACCUCAGCCAGUUAUGGAGGGACACCUUGUGAAGUUCCACUGCUCUGCAAAGGCCAACCCUCCUGUCACACUGUACAGGUGGGCCAAAGGAGGAAGCAUAAUCAAGGAGGUGUCCGGCGACACAUAUGAGGUUAUUGUAGACCACUCCUUCUUUACGGAGCCCGUCUCCUGCGAGGUUACCAACCCUCUUGGCAGCACCAACAUCAGCCGCAAUGUUGACGUCCACUUUGGUCCUCGCAUGGCUGCGGAGCCUCAGUCCUUGCAGGUGGACCUUGGAUCUGAUGCCGUGUUCAACUGUGCCUGGACAGGAAAUCCCUCUCUUACUAUAGUGUGGAUGAAGAGGGGCUCUGGAGUGGUGCUUAGCAAUGAAAACCUCCUGACGCUGAAAUCCGUGAGACAGGAGGAUGCUGGGAAGUACGUUUGCCGCGCUGUGGUCCCGCGCGUAGGAAACGGGGAGAAGGAUGUGUCUCUCACUGUCAAUGAUUCUCUCCCUAUGGCGGUUAUCAUCGGCAUUGCAGUGGGAGCUUUUGUGGCCCUCAUUGUCCUCAUGGGCACCAUCGGAGCAUUCUGUUGCACUCGCUCCCAGAGAAAGGAAGCGCACCUGGUUAUGCCCUCACUGCCCGUCUCCAUCUGUGCUCACCAGAGAGAACUUGCAAGCAAAGUUAAGACAGAAAAUCUGAAAGGAGUCGUGUCUGCGAAAAACGACAUCCGGGUGGAGAUUGUCCACAAAGACCACAACGCGGCACGGGAAAACGAAGAACACACCUCCAUGAAACAACUGAUGGUGAGUGUUGAACGCGGAGAGUUCCAGCAGGAGUCUGUUCUGAAGCAGCUGGAGGUAUUACAAGAGGAAGAGAAGGAGUAUCAGCACAUUAAGGACCCCACAAACGGCUACUACAGCGUCAAUACCUUUAAAGAGCACCACACACCCACCAUGGCUGGGAAUCAGGCCGCUGAGGUGAGGAACCCCACCAACACAGGGACCCUGGGAAAGCAGCGGGUACCAACGGGCAUGUCCUUCACCAACAUCUACUCCACCCUGGGAGCCGGACCCAACCGCCUCUACGACUACAGCCAGCGCUUCGUGCUGGGCAUGGGCAGCAGCUCCAUCGAGCUGUGCGAGCGGGAGUUCCAGCGCGCCUCGCUCAGCGACUCCAGCUCUUUUAUCGACACGCAGUGUGACAGCAGCGUCAGCAGCUACAGUAAGCCGGACGCCUAUGUGCAGUUCGACAAAGACAGCAAAGCGUCCGCCUCCUCCUCCUCCCACUACUCCCAGUCCUCCUCGCAGAACUCAGACCUCACCCGGCCGCUGCAGAAGCGCAUGCAGACCCACGUCUGACCACCUGGGAGGGAGAGCGUUGGAACGGUGGUGUAAAAAGCAGCCGGGAUUGUGAGACUGUGACAGAAUCAGCUCCCAGGAGCCCCCACAGCAACAAUGUUACUGUUACCUCUGGACGCUUGAAGACGCAUGGGGCUGGCUGCCUUUAAUACACUGUCUGACUUGUUCAGACUUCUCAGUGUCCCAAAAAGUGGAUCAAGAAGCCUUAUAUUUCCCUCAAACUAAAACCAUCAGCCACCUCUUUUUAGAACCCAAUCAGAAUUGUGCCACAGAGAGGUUAUUUGCCAACACAAGUUAUUUUUUGUAAAUAAUUUGGACAUUCAUUACUCAGUUUCUGCCGUGGAAUUGUUAGCAGAGGGCAGAAUUACUACACGGGCUUUGUGUGACAAUCAGCCCCCCUGGCAAAGACCAUUCUUGCCUUUUUGAAGAUUGUCAUUCAGAAAAACUGGAAAUGUUGUUAUGAGUGUUGAAACACUCAGCACGAACGUCACGAUAAUGAGUGUGAGCCAAUGUCCUGCUGCUCUCUUGUAGUUUGAAGCACAAAAAUGAAUGUGCAUGUGGUUUUUAGUUGGUAAUGCAAUAACUCGUUCCUCUCCCCACCUUCUGUUCAAACACUAUUUUAAGCUUGGCUCGUUAAAACUCGUCUCUUGUGUAGGUGGGAAAAUGAAACGUUCUCCAUGUGGCCACAGACGUCUUGGAACGUUUAAAAAAGGACUGCUCUUUGUCUCCGCGGCAGUAUCUGGGCCACAGUGCUGGGCCGAUAAAGAGGGGGCUGAGAUCUCAUUUUAAAUCCCUGAGUCAUUACUUUACUGUGACACAAAAAGAAAACCAGUGUAUAUACAUGACUGUAAUUUAUUUUCUAGCGACUCUGAUUUCCCUCAUGGAGGACUUUAAAUGAGACGGCCUCUUCUUGUCCACAACGACUUUGCCUUGAGGGUCCGUUUGAUCUGUGUCAAUACAAACUUUGACUAAGAGAGAUAGACAUCAGCUGUUCUGUUGACGGGGAGCUGCAUCGUCCGAGGUGUUACCGCCUAAUCCAGCUCCGAAGCCGGCAGGAAAUCCCACAAACUGCAACAUGAGUUGUUUUUGUGAGUUUCUCCCGCGAGCGCAGCAGAUCAUCAGCCAUACUCUUGAGGGUACCUGUCGAAUGAAAUGUAAACAUUAUAUUUUAUCUGAGCUUCUUAUCGUGUGGUUAUCCCAUUGCUAUAGAGUCAAUAUCACUGUUGACACUGGAGCUUAGUGUACCCUGACUGUGAACCUACCUGUGAUCGUGCCGGUCAUCAGGGGACAUAUCGAGCACAUUUAGAAAAACCUGUUUUAUUUUGCUCUCUGCUGUUUAUCUUUAGCUACUGUGGAGCUGAUGGUGUCACACUGAUUCUCUUCAGUGCAUCCUUUUAUUUUUUUAUUUUUCUGUUCUGCACUGUACGUGACAUAUAUGACAUCUGAUUUAUUAUUUAAUCACUGACACUGUAUUUGUUUUGGUUGAGAGUAGAGACAGCAGUGAUUUAACUUGCAGCUACAAACGCUCAUACUUUACGUAACAUUUCAAAGUCAGCCAGUUGUCAGAAGUGUCGUAGUCAUGCAGCGUGCAUUUAUUAAUGGAAAAACAAAGUAAUGAUGGGGAGUGAUGUAUUUUUGCAGUACUGAACACUGGGAAUCCGUUCUGUGUGCAUAGUGCAGAUUCUGUGGAGAAACGGGUCAAAACCAUAUGCACCAUACAAUGUCAACCUAAAUGUAGACCUCUAGAUGACAUUCAAAUCAUUGUUUUCUUUGUGUUAAAGAAGACCCUUUGGUUAAGGCAACUCUUUACAGCAGACAAAUGUCAUGUAUUGCAUUUCACUUGAGUUUUUAACCAUUUAAAACCUCAUAUUUCAAGGUCGGUUUAAGAGAAAUUUCAUGAAAACAGCUUGCUUGUUAUUUUAUCUAGUAUUUGAAAGGUAGAGAGGAUUUCUUAGAAAAUAACAGCACAAUACUUCAAACUAAAUAUGACAAAGAGAAUAUUAGGUUUCAAUUUAUCUUAUGUAAUAAGAUGGUUAAGUAUCUUCCGGAGCGGAGCAUUCAAUGGGGAUUUAGUAAGCGCAAAAUAUAAAUAAUAAUAAUCAAGCACGGCAUUUCAAACAAAAGCAAGUCGUUGUUGGAAGCACUUUACGUUUGAUUAUAUUCAGGGCAUUUGAAUGGGGUUUUCCACUUGAGUGGCAGUGGUUUGGACUCUAAUUUUACAAAUGGAUUGGCGCCCAUUGUACAGCUUAAGACAAAAAGCUCUGUUUCAACGCUGAUAAUCCAGCUUGGCACUUAACAGACUGUGUAUAAAUCUUUAACGCUGUCUUUCUCUUCGUAUCAUUUUUCCUAGCUUCUCUUUUCUUUCUCACUCGGAUUCACUAUAUUAAAUCUCGCAAAGCCACGUGGCAUCGAAACUGUACCACAGACAAUCAUUUUUCUCUUUGUUCCCUUUCCAGAAAUGUCGUCAACUUUACUUGUUUCUCGCAAAUUCCAAGAAAGGCCUGUGUGAGCACUUUCUCUUCCCAGAUCUCACGGGGGGGAAACUCUUACUCUGUACACGGAGCACACGGGAGGCUAUAGGAUGAGAAGCUGAGCUUAGCUGGGACAACUUUGAAGUGAGUUGCAGUAAGAGGUUAUUACACCCUCAGCCCUUCUGAGAGAUGCCCAGUUGCCCAGCAAUAUAUUGCAUUAGGCACCGUGAUGACUGUCAAGUAUGCCUGUACCAUUUUUGAUAUAUAUUUUCCCAGCAUUUUUGGGUGCGGGAUCAAAUUCAUACCUUGAUUUCAGAAGGAGUCAAUUACAGUUUGAUCUAGUUGGCAUGGGAUGGGAUUCCGUUUUUAUUUUUUUAUUAUUUGCAUAUGUUAUUUUUUUAUUAUUUGCAUAUGUUAUGCAUCCUUUUACAUCUACAGCUUCAGAAUUCAAUCAUAUUGACCAUUCAGUUUCCAAACACUUAGCCAUUCUCUCUCUCAAAACAAAACAAAUGUCCUCUCCAGUGGUCCAGUUUGACUUAUCUGAUGCCGCUCCGCACUGAUCCAAACGUAAUGCAUUUUCCCAGUCCAGAGAAUCUGCACACAGAUAAAUAUUUGAUAAGCCAGCCUUCUGUCCCCCCCCCCC